AGUAAUCUGCUCAUUCUUGUAUAUCACUUGGCUUCUAUUUUUACUUAUUCUAGUAAGGUUUUAUUUGGUUUUUCUGUGAGUGGGUUGCCAAUAGGGGAUAGCCUGUCCAUUCCCAAAUCCCUACCCACCUGUCCUAAGGUUUUGAACUUGAGACCUCCAGCUUGGAAGUCUAAUUUUAAAGGGUUGGACUGUCCAUUAGUGGACUCUAAUUGAGCGUUUUCUGAAAUAUUUGUGAUGGCCUUAAUUAUUGACAAUUUUGCUUUCAUGAUUUGAUUCUUUUUUUUUCUCUGCUUCUGAUUUUGACUUGUCAAUUAAAUGGUGCCUGAAGGUGGGGAGGAACGUACAAUUGAAUUCAUGGAAAGCCGGGCAAUAAUCACUUCCAAGACUCCCCUAUUGGAAGAUUCAUAUGCUUAUCGGGUUGUUGAGCAUCCUUUUCCAUUGAACUGUUUUCUGAGUCAUUGGAAUCUUGGUUCUGAAUUCUAUUAUGCUGUAAAGAUUGGCAUUGUUCAAUAUAUGAUACUGAAGAUGAUAUGUGCACUACUUGCUAUGAUUCUGGAGUCCUUUGGAGUUUAUGGAGAAGGGAUGUUUGAAUGGAGAUACGGCUAAGUUAUUUGUGUCCAUUCAUUAGAAUUUUGAAAAGUAACAUAUUUAUGACACUUGACCAUCAAUGUUUCUUCUUGUUCUGAAACUCUCUUUCUCGCAGGUACCCAUACUUGGCUAUUGUUCUUAAUUUUAGUCAGAGCUGGGCAUUAUAUUGUUUGGUUCAGUUCUAUUCUGUCACUAAAGAGAAGUUGGAGCCAAUCAAACCAUUGGCUAAAUUUCUGACAUUCAAGUCAAUUAUUUUCUUGACCUGGUGGCAAGGUGUAGCUGUUGCAUUUCUCUUUUCCAUGGGAGUUUUUAAGGGGUCUUUGGCUCAGGAGUUAAAGACACGUAUACAAGACUACAUCAUAUGUAUUGAGAUGGGUGUUGCUGCCAUUGUGCAUCUUUAUGUCUUCCCUGCAGUACCUUACAAGCGUGGAGAAAGAUGUGUCCGUAAUGUGUCUGUAAUCACUGACUAUGCAUCUUUAGGGGCACCACCAGAUCCAGAAGUGGUUCGGGACUGUGAGCGAUCUACUAGAAUACGCACGGGUCGACAUGAUGAGAGUGAAAAGCGUCUAAAUUUUCCUCAGAGUGUUCAUGAUGUUGUCUUUGGAAGUGGUGAAAUAAUUGUUGAUGAUAUGAAAUAUACAGUUUCGCAUGUUGUCGAACCAGUUGAAAGGGGAAUCGCAAAAAUAAAUGAAACUUUCCAUCAGAUAUCUGAAAACGUGAAACGCCAUCAGGAGCAGAUGAAGAGAUCCAAAGAUGACACUUAUCUUAUUCCCUUAAAACUCAUGAAUAGUGAAUUAUCUGAUGCUCAUAAUAAUAUUCUUGAAGGUAGUGUUAGUGACAGUGGUUUGCACAAUGUAAAGAGACCGCAACUCCAAUCCAAAAAUGCAGUAUCCAAGAGUACGAUGGGCAGAUAACAUCUGUAGCUAUUCACAUAAUAGCUACUAGAGUAAUUAAAGGCAUAUCGACAUGAUCAUUUAGCAACGUUAAAGGUUUGUGCAGUUGAACCGGUGCUGGACGUCCUUAUUUGAUGGUCUCCAUUCCAUGUUUGGGAAGAUACUCUGAAUGAAAGUAACAAAGUAAUGUUAAAGUGCGGUUUAAUAGUUGAGAUUUUAAGAUUUUAAAUUAAAAUUUUUAAGUUUAA